AUGCUCACACAGCAGCAUCCGCCCACACAACAGCACUUGCUCACUCAGCGGCAUUCGCCCACACAACAGGACUUGCUCACACACCAGCAUCCGCCCACACAAAAGGACUUGCUUUCACAGCGGCAUUCGCCCAUACAACAGGACCUGUUCACACACCAGCAUCCGCCGACAAAAGAGGACGUCCUCGCACAGAAGCAUCCGCCCACUCAACAGGACCUUCUCACAAAACACCAGCCGCCUACACAACAGGACGACCUGCUCACACAUCAGCAUCUGCUCACACAACAGGACCUGCUCACACAGCAGCAUCCGCCCACACAACAGGACCUGCUCACACAGCAGCAACCGCCCACACAAGAGGACCUGCUCACACAACAACAUCCGUUCACACAACAGGACCUGUUCACACAGCAGCAUCCGCCCCCACAACAGGACCUGCUCACACAGCAGCAUCCGCUCUCACAACAGGACCUGCUCACACAGCAGCAUCCGCCCCCACAACAGGACCUGCUCACACAGCAGCAUCCGCCCUCACAACAGGCCCUGCUCACACAGCAGCAUCCGCCCACACAAGAGGACCUGUUCACACAACAGCAUCCGCCCACUCAACAGGACUUUAUCAUGCAACAGACCACAUCCAUGCAGUACCAUCUGUCCCCCUAA